CUAUAUCUUUAUCUCACAAAUUAAAAAUUAACACCAAAAUUACUAUAUUUAUAUUCAUCAAAAAUCAAAAUGCUCCAACUCACCACAUCUUCUUGCAACUCUAUUGAAUCAUAUCCUUUGAAAAUCUGCACAAACCCAAUUGAACCAUCUCAAUUACAUGCUAUAUCUAUCAAAACAUCAACUUUCAAUAACCCCAUUAUCUCAUCUCGCCUUAUAUCUCUUUACACGAACUCGAAAACCCACAAUCUUGAUCAUGCCCGGAAGGUGUUCGACGAAAUGUCUGACCCAACUUUGUUUUCCUGGAACACCCUUAUUAAGUGUUACGUCGAAAACCAACGUUCCCAAGAAUGUUUGAGUAUGUUUGCUGAGUUUUUUUCGCGGUCUGGGUUGAUCCCUGAUGCGUUUACUUUGCCUUGUGUGAUUAAAGCGUGUGGGAGAUUAGUGGGUGUGAAAGAAGGUGUGCAGAUUCAUGGGUUGGGAUUGAAGUUCGGGUUUGGGAAUGAGUUGUUUGUGCAGAGUAGUUUGGUUAGUAUGUAUUCAAAGUUUAAGGAUAUCGUGUCUGCAAGGAAGGUUUUUGAUGGGAUGAGUGAGAAAGAUUUGGUUUCGUGCAAUGCAUUGAUGGAUGGGUAUGUGAAGGUUGGUGAGAUUGGUUUGGCAAAAGAGUUGUUUGAUGAGAUGUCGGAAAGAGAUGCUGUUUCAUGGACUGUGAUGGUUGAUGGUCUGUCGAAAUGUGGGAAUGUUGAUGAUGCGAGAAUGGUUUUUAAUGAGAUGCCGAGUAGGAAUUUACCAUCUUGGAAUGCUAUGAUUAAUGGGUAUAUGAAGGCAGGUGAUUUUGUUUCUGCACUGAGAUUGUUUGAUCAGAUGGAGGAGAAAGAUAUAAUUACAUGGAAUUCGAUGAUAGCAGGGUAUGAAUUGAAUGGAAGGUUUUCAGAAGCUUUGAGGAUGUUUACCGAGCUGCUAAAUUUAGGAUAUGUGCCUACUCCAAGUACUUUUGUUAGUACAUUAUCCGCUAUUUCAUGGUUAGCUCUGCUUAGCAAGGGAAGGUGGGUUCAUUCUUAUAUGGUUAAAAAUGGACAUGAACUAGAUGGUGUGCUUGGUACUUCACUCAUUGACAUGUAUUGCAAGUGUGGGAGCAUUGAGAGUGCACUAACUGUUUUCAAAGUUAUACGCAAGAAAAAGUUGGGUCAUUGGACAGCUAUAAUAGUAGGAUUGGGAGUGCAUGGACAAGCUAAGCGUGCUCUUGAAUUAUUUCUUGAAAUGCUUAGAGUUAACAUCCGCCCUAACGCUAUAACUUUCAUAGGUGUGUUGAAUGCUUGCAAUCAUGCGGGUCUGGUUGAAGAUGGCAGAAGAUAUUUUGAUAUGAUGGUAAAUGAUUAUGGAAUACAACCCACAGUCGAGCAUUAUGGUUGUCUUGUAGAUAUUCUUUGUCGAGCGGGCCGUCUUGAAGAAGCAAAGAACGUGAUAGAAAAGAUGCCUAUGAAACCAAACAAGGUUAUCUGGAUGAGCUUGCUCAGUGGCUCAAGAAUCUAUAAAAAUAUGGAAAUUGGGGAAUAUGCUGCUCACCAUAUAAUAGAAAUCGAUCCAACAUAUAUUGAAAGUUAUGUGCUAUUGUCUAAUAUGUAUGCUGCCGCUGGUGAUUGGGAUCAAGUUUCACAUGUUAGAGAAAAAAUGAGAAAAACAGGUGUGAGAAAAGAUCCGGGAUGCAGUUUGAUAGAGUAUAAAGAUGAGGUUCAUGAGUUCAUUGUGGGUGAUCAAUCACAUCCCCAGACUAAUGAGAUAUACCUUAAGUUGAGAGAGAUGAAGGAACGACUGAAAUCUGCAGGGCAUGUACCCGAUAAAUCCCAGGUUUUGCUGCAUAUCGAAGGUGAUGAUCAAAAGGAAACUGAAUUGGAAAGCCAUAGCGAGAGGCUAGCUAUUGCUUUUGGGUUAAUUAAUCUGAAACCUGGAAUCCCAAUCCGGGUAGUGAAGAAUCUUCGUGUCUGCAAUGACUGUCACUCAGUUACGAAACUUUUAUCAAAGCUUUACAAUCGUGAAAUUGUUGUUAGAGACAACAGCCGCUAUCACCAUUUUAAAGAUGGAUCAUGUUCUUGCCUGGAUUAUUGGUGAUGCUGUGAACCAUUAUUAAUGGUGGCAAGAUGGCCAGGGUAAUGUCCAAAACCUUCCUUUCAUUUCUGAAAGCUGUAUCAUGUAAUGUUCCGAGAACAAAGUAGUAAACUUCAAUAUGGAUAUGCUGUCACCGGUAUGGUAAAGGUAAUGCCCGAAACCUAAACCUAAAUCAGUAGCCUAUUAGACUAUUACCAGGUACGUCAUUUAUGAGGCACCACUUUAUAUGUUGCUUUUAUCAUGUUAAUCAUGUAAAUUCUUAGUUUCA